AUGCUCGAAGAAGACGAAUGUCGCCGUAUGCGCAAAUUUGAGAAGGAAAUGGAGUCCAGAAGGGCUGAGAUCAAAAAAUUGAAGGCGGGAAAUAUCAAACUCGAGCUGGAAUUAUUGAAAGAAGAGAAACAGUUGAUCGAAGCGGAGCAACAGGAACUUCGAAAAGAGAGAGCUAAAAUUACUGCACUCAAGGAAGCUAAGGACUCGGCGUAG